UGGCAGGAGCUGCUGGAAGAACAGUGCUUAUUGAAAGCUUGGUUGACUGAGAAAGAAGAGGCUUUGAGUAAGGUCCAGACGAGCAACUUUAAAGAUCAAACAGACCUGAGUGUGAAUGUUCGAAAACUAGCAAUUUUAAAAGAGGACAUGGGUAUGAAACGACAAACACUAGACCAGCUGAAUGAACUAGGUCAGGAUGUGGCCCAAAUCCUUGGGAAUGGCAAAGCAUCCGGUAAAAUUGAUCAGGAUCAAGAAGAGCUAACUCAGAGGUGGGACAGUUUGGUUCAGAAGCUAGAGGAUUACUCUAACCAGGUAACUCAAGCUGUAGGAAGCAUAGGAAUGUCACAGGUUUCACAGAAGACUGCUGCAGAAACACCAUUGAAGGAACAGGUAGUGGUUAAACAGUCCAGACAAGAAUUACCCCCACCACCACUCCCAAAGAAAAGGCAAAUUCCAGGGGACAGUGAAGCAAAGAAAAAGUUUGAUGCUGAAAGUACUGAGCUCUUGAACUGGAUUGCAAAAUCAAAAUCUGCCAUUCAGGCCGCAGACAUCAAAGAAUAUAAGAAGAUGAGAGAGACUUCAAGCAUGAAAGAAAAAUUGAAGGUGAUUGAAAAGGAAAGACCUGAAAAAAGCCAGAAGUUAGAUGAACUGAAACGAAGUGGACGCAUUCUUUUGGAUCAAAUGGGAAAGGAUGGACUUCCUACAGUGGAUAUAAAAUCUGUGAUGGAGAAAAUUUUGUCGGGGUGGAAAGAUGUGGUUCAAAAUCUAGAAGAAGUGGCUAGAAAAAUAAAGUACCAGGAAGAUAUAAAUGCUUAUUUAAAGGAAAUUAAUGAGCUUGAGAAGACUUUAAUUGAGAAGGAUGACUGGCUUAAAGACUCUUCUUCAGCAUCCCAGUCUUCAGCAGUCCUGAAAGACUUAUGUCAGGAGUUAACUCAUCUCAUAAGCCUGAGUCCACAGUUGGAACAUCUGAAAGCCACCUGCAAGACACUCACCUCUCAGCCCAUGCCUCCAAAUUUCAUUCAGGAGAACUUGAGUGGUUUUCUUGAUCACUUCAAAUUGACUCGUCAGAAACUAGAGGAACGUCAUCAACAGCUGAAAAAAGAGACAGAAAGGCAGCCGAGCCGGGAGUACGUGGAGUCCCUGCAGCAGCUGAAGGACACGCUGAGCGAGCUGGAGGGCAAGCAGCACUCCAUUGCCGGUGGUCUGAGUGAGCCCAGCAAGGUGGAGAGCGCCCUGCAGCAGGCAAAGACAGUUUGUGAGACACUGGAAGCCCAGAAGCCCAGGGUAGAUAAACUUGCUGAAGAAACAAAGGCUUUGGAGAAGCAUGCAUCUUUGGACAUAAAAAACACGUACAUGCAAGAGUUCAAGGAUGUGCAGGGACGCUGGGACAAGUUAAAGCUCAAGAUUUCCAAAGAUGUUAAACUACUGGAGGAAAUUAUGCCCAAGUUGAGACUAUUUGAGACUGACUCUAAAGUUGUUCAGAAGUGGAUGGAUGGUGUGAAAGACUUCUUAAUGACAGAAAAGGCUGUUCAAGGGGAUACUGAAGGUCUUCAAAGGCAACUUGACCAGUGCACAGUGUUUAUCAAUGAAAUGGAGACGAUUGAACCAUCACUGAAAGAGAUGAAAGAAGUAGAGGCUGCUUUAAGAGCUCAGCCUAUUGCGAGCAUAAAUACUUGGACAAAGUCUAGGCUAGUAGACUGCCAGACUCAGUGGGAGAAGCUGAGCAAACAGAUCAUUACUCAGAAAAAUCGCCUGUCUGAAAGUCAGGAAAAAGCUGUAAAUCUGAAGAAGGAUUUGGCAGAGAUGCAAGAAUGGAUGACCCAAGCUGAAGAAGAAUAUUUGGAGAAAGAUUUUGAAUACAAGUCCCCUGAAGAGCUAGAGAAUGCAGUAGAGGAAAUGAAGAGAGCGAAGGAGGAUGUGUUGCAGAAGGAGGUGAGGGUGAAGAUUCUCAAGGACAACAUCAAGAUGUUGGCCACCAAAGUGCCAUCCAGUGGUCAGGACCUGGCGACUGAGUUGAAUGUUGUGCUGGAGAACUACCAGCUACUGUGCAAUCGGAUCCGGGGGAAAUGCCACACUUUGGAGGAGGUGUGGUCCUGUUGGAUUGAGCUGCUUCAGUAUCUUGAUUUAGAAACAGCUUGGCUAAACAAUCUGGAAGAAAGAGUGCAAAUGACAGAAAAUCUGCCUGAUAAAUUGGAUGCUGUCAAUGAUGCUCUUGAGUCCCUGGAAUCAGUCUUGCGUCACCCAGCUGAUAAUCGAACCCAGAUUCGGGAACUUGGGCAGACAUUGAUUGAUGGAGGGAUUCUUGAUGACAUCAUCAGUGAAAAAUUGGAAGCUUUCAAUGCCCGCUAUGAGGAAUUGAGUCACCUGGCGGUGAGCCGACAGAUCGCCUUGGAGCAACAGCUUCAGACCAUGCGAGAAACCGACCACAUGCUGCAGGUCUUGCAGGAAAGUUUAGGAGAUCUGGAUAGACAGCUGACAUCUUACCUGACUGACAGGAUAGAUGCCUUUCAGAUGCCUCAGGAGGCCCAGAAAAUUCAAGCUGAGAUUGCAGCUCACGAAUCCACCUUAGAGGAGCUGAAGAAAAGUGCUCGCUCUUUCCCUCCUGCUUCUCCUGAAUGCAGAUCUCCCCGUGGUGGAACUCAGCUGGAUGCUUUGCAGAGAAAGCUCCGUGAAGUAUGUACAAAGUAUCAGCUUUUCCAGAAACCAGCCAAUUUUGAGCAGCGUAUGUUAGAUUGCAAGCGGGUGUUGGAUGGUGUAAAAGCAGAACUUCAUGUCUUGGAUGUGAAGGAUACUGACCCAGAUGUAAUCCAAGCUCACUUGGAGAAGUGCAUGAAACUCUAUAAGACCCUCAGUGAGGUGAAAUUGGAAGUUGAAACUGUCAUCAAGACAGGAAGGCAAAUUGUACAGAAACAACAGACGGAUAAUCCUAAAGGGAUGGAUGAACAACUGACAGCACUGAAAUUUCUUUACAAUGACUUGGGGGCACAGGUGACAGAAGGAAAACAAGACCUGGAAAGAGCAACUCAGCUGGCACGCAAGAUGAGGAAGGAGUCUGCCUCUCUGUCAGAGUGGCUGGCUACCACUGAAGCUGACCUCGUGCAGAAGUCUACUUCAGAGAGCUUGCUUUCUGAUCUAGAUUCAGAAAUUGCCUGGGCCAAAAAUGUGCUGAGAGAGCUGGAGAGGAGGAAGGCUGAUCUGAAGAGCAUCACAGAAAGUUGCACUGCACUCCAGUCUCUGGUGGAAGGGAGUGAGACUGUCCUGGAGGAGAAGCUGUGUGUCCUCAAUGCUGGCUGGAGCAGAGUUCGAACCUGGACCGAGGACUGGUGUGACACCUUGUUGAAUCAUCAGGGCCAGCUGGAAAUUUUUGAUGAAAAUGUUGCCCACAUAAGUACUUGGUUGUAUCAGGCUGAAGCCUUAUUGGAUGAAAUUGAGAAGAAAUCAGCUAGCCAAAAGGAGGAAACUGUGAAGCGUUUAACAUCUGAGCUAGAUGAUGUCAGUCUCCGAGUGGAUAACGUCCGUGACCAGGCUGUCAUCUUAAUGAACGGUCGGGGCGUGUCGUGCCGGGAACUUGUUGAACCCAAACUGGCAGAACUCAACCGUAAUUUUGAGAAGGUCUCUCAGCACAUCAAAAGUGCCAAGAUGCUUAUUGGACAAGAACGACUUCCUGCCAUGUCAGAGCCCCGUGAAGCUAGAGUGGCUUUUCUAGACCUGGACAAAUUUGAGAGUGACAUACAGAAUAUGUUAAAAGUUGUGGAAAAGCACCUGGAGUUGAAUGGGGAAGAUGAAAAGCUGGAUCAAGAAAGAGCUCAGAUUGAAGAGGUUUUACAGAGAGGAGGGCAAUUGCUCCAGCAGCCUAUGGAGGAGCAUAGGAGAGAGAAGAUCCGCCUACAGUUGUUGCUUCUGCAGAAAAAGUACAACAGUUUGCAGGAGUGCAGGUCAUUUCAAAGGAGGCAGGCGGUGGAACUCUCUCCAGUAUUUUCCCAGUAUAAGAAGGAACAUGAUAGUCUAAUGAAGUGGCUGAAUGAGGCUGAGGACCGUCUGUCAGGGCUGCAAGGUGUGGAGGAUGAACAAAAACUACAGGCAAUCCCUGUCCAGCAGAAGUUAAAAGGCCAAUUUGCUACAGGAGUUAGGACCUUGCCUUUUUCAGCUGAGUACUUGGUUGAAAUCAACAAAGUUUUGCUGGCCAUGGCUGAUGUUGAACUGUUGCUGAAUGCACCAGAGCUGAAUACUGGCAUCUAUGAGGAUUUUUCAGCUCAGGAAGAUGCACUGAAGAACAUAAAAGAUAUUUUGGAUAAACUUGGGGAUCAAAUUGCAGUAAUACAUGAAAAGCAGCCUGAUGUUAUAUUGGAAGCAUCUGGACCUGAGGCAAUACAAAUAGGAGAUGCACUAACGCAGCUGAAUGCAGAAUGGGACAGAAUUAAUAGAAUGUACAAUGAUCGUAAGUGUUGCUUUGAUAGAGCGAUUGAGGCGUGGAGGCAGUUCCACUGCGAUCUCAACGAUCUCUCGCACUGGAUAGCGGAGGCUGAAGUGUUACUGGCCGAUGCGCAUGGGCCAGAUGGCAGCCUGGAGCUGCAGGCAGCUGGGCUGCAUCAGCAGGAACUUGAGGAGGGAGUCACUAGCCAUCAGACCAGUAUUUCGGCAUUGAACAGAACUGGGGAAGGGAUCAUACAGAAACUGUCUGCUACAGAUGGGAGCUUCUUACAGGAGAAACUGGCAGGAUUGAAUAGACGCUGGAAAGCAAUCACAACAGAGGUCAUGGAUAGACAACAGAGGCUAAAAGGAGAGAACCAGCAGUUGAUAGAGUACAGGAAGAAGCUUGAUGAGCUGCGUUGUUGGUUGGAAAAUGUAGAAAAUGCUCUGGACACAAGAUUUGCAUUCAACCAUGAGGAAAACUUGCAAGAAUUACAGGUCUUAAGUGAAGAGAUGGAAGUUCUUGGUGGCAAACUGGAAUGGCUGAACAGAACUGAAUCUGAAGUACUGUUGGAUAAAAAUACUGAUCUUCAGGAAAAAAACAAACUUUCUGCUUGCCUGCAGUCCCUCAAUGUGAGGUGGAAUAAGGUGUUCAGAGAAGUGCCGGACAAAGUGAGAGAAUUGGAGGCAUUUGUUGGGCAGUCCCGUUUUGUUACAAAGACAAAGCCUCCUGAUAUCCAAAAGGUGGUGCUAGCAUCUUCUUCAUUGGAAAUUCCUGUUCAGACUCAGCAGGCUUUGGAACUUUCUGCACCUGCUGAUCUGGACAAAACUAGAACUGAGCUGGCUGACUGGUUGGUGCUGAUUGACCAGAUGCUCAAGUCAAACAUAGUCACUGUGGGAAAUAGUGAAGAGAUCAAUCGGACUAUUGCACGAAUGAAAAUAACCAAUGCAGAUAUGGACCAUCGGCACCCUCAGCUUGAUUCUGUUUUUACAUUGGCUCAGAAUUUGAAAAAUAAAACUUCCAGUUCAGACAUUAGGACAGAGAUCACAGAAAAAAUGGAGAAGCUGAAGAACCAGUGGGACAACACCCAGCACAGCGUGGAGGUGCGGCAGCAGCAGCUGAAGCACAUGCUGGCAGACAGCCUGCAGUGGCACGACCAGAGGCAGGAGAUGGAGCACCUCAUGGAACAGUGUGAGAUCCGUCUGCGAGUGCUCCUGCAGGCCCCAAAAGAGGUGCUUGCCAAACAGAUUGCAGAGAGCAAACUGUUGGUACAGGAUUUGCAUAGAGGUGACAUCACAGUAGCAGCAUUCAAUGAUCUUUCUAAUAAACUACUUCGAGAGUAUCGUGAUGAUGACUCAAGGAAGGUGAAGGAAACCACUGACCAAAUGAACACUUGCUGGGUUAAUUUGAACCAAAGAGCUGUCGAUAGGCAGAAUUUCUUGGAGAUGGAGAUGAGGACAGUACAGGCCUCACACAAGGAUCUGGAGAGCUUCCUCAAGUGGCUUCAAGAGGCAGAGACAACAGUAAAUGUUCUGGCAGAUGCAUCCGAGCGUGAGAACACUGCUCAGGACAGCGUCUACAUAAGGGAACUCAGAAAGCAAAUGCAGGACAUCCAAGCUGAGAUUGAUGCCCACAAUGACAUCUUUAAAAGCAUUGAUGGAAACAGACAGAAAAUGGUGAAAGCCUUGGGAAACUCUGAGGAAGCUGCUCUGCUCCAGCACCGGCUUGAUGACAUGAACCAGCGCUGGAAUGACCUGAAGGCGAAGUCAGCUAACAUCAGGGCUCACUUGGAGGCCAGUGCAGAGAAAUGGAACAGAUUGCUGACAUCCCUGGAAGAGUUAAUCAAAUGGCUGAAUGCAAAAGAUGAGGAACUGAAAAAACAAAUGCCUGUUGGAGGGGAUGUUCCAACCUUACAGCAGCAGUAUGACCACUGCAGAGCACUGAGGCGUGAACUGAAGGAAAAAGAACAAACUGUUCUCAACGCUGUGGACCAGGCACGAGUUUUCCUUGCUGACCAACCAAUUGAGGGGCCUGAGGAACCAAGGAGGAGCUUGCAUUCAAAAACAGAACUGACCCCUGAGGAGAAAGCCUUGAAGAUUGCCAAAGCCAUGCGUAAGCAGUCAUCGGAGGUAAAAGAGAAAUGGGAGAACCUAAAUGCCAGUGCCAGUAUCUGGCAGAAGCAAGUGGACAAAGCAUUAGAAAAGCUGAAAGACCUUCAGUGUGCCAUGGAUGACCUUGAUGCUGAUUUGAAGGAGGCUGAAAAUGUGAGGAAUGGCUGGAAACCUGUAGGAGACUUGCUCAUAGAUUCAUUACCAGAUCACAUUGAGAAAACUACGGCUUUUAGAGAUGAAAUUGCUCCAAUCAACCUAAAAGUUAAAACAGUGAAUGAUUUGUCCAGCCAGCUGUCUCCACUUGACCUUUAUCCAUCUUUAAAGAUGUCUCGUCAACUGGAUGAUCUCAAUAUGCGGUGGAAACUUUUACAGGUGUCUGUAGAGGAUCGUCUUAAACAGUUACAGGAGGCACACCGAGAUUUUGGACCUGCAUCACAGCAUUUUCUUUCCACCUCAGUACAGUUUCCAUGGCAGAGAUCUGUUUCACAUAACAAAGUGCCCUAUUAUAUCAAUCAUGAGACACAGACAACUUGUUGGGAUCAUCCUAAAAUGACUGAUCUCUUCCAGUCCUUAGCUGACUUGAACAACGUGCGCUUCUCCGCCUACCGCACGGCCAUCAAAAUCCGCAGGCUGCAGAAAGCACUUUGCUUGGACCUGUUGGACCUGAACACGACAAGUGAAGUUUUCAAACAGCACAAGUUGAGUCAAAAUGAUCAGCUAAUUGGUGUCCAGGAUGUGAUCAGCUGUCUCACUACCAUCUACAGUGGACUUGAAGAGAAACACAAAGAUAUGGUGAAUGUUCCUCUCUGUGUAGACAUGUGUCUUAACUGGCUACUCAACGUGUAUGAUAGUGGCCGAACUGGAAAAAUUCGAGUGCAGUCCCUGAAAAUUGGCUUGAUGUCUCUUUCUAAAGGCCUUCUGGAAGAGAAGUACAGAUACCUCUUCAAGGAGGUGGCAGGCCCUACAGAAAUGUGUGACCAGAGGCAGCUGGGCCUUCUGCUUCACGAUGCUAUCCAGAUCCCGCGACAGCUUGGGGAAGUGGCAGCCUUUGGUGGCAGUAACAUUGAACCCAGUGUGCGCAGUUGCUUCCAGCAGAACAACAAUAAGCCAGAAAUAACUGUAAAGCAAUUCAUAGAUUGGAUGCGGUUAGAACCACAGUCUAUGGUGUGGUUACCAGUUCUACACCGUGUGGCAGCUGCAGAAACAGCAAAACAUCAGGCCAAGUGCAACAUCUGUAAGGAGUGUCCAAUUGUUGGAUUUAGGUACCGGAGCUUAAAACAUUUCAACUAUGAUGUCUGUCAGAGCUGUUUCUUUUCUGGCCGCACGGCAAAGGGCCAUAAAUUGCAUUAUCCAAUGGUGGAGUAUUGUAUACCUACAACAUCUGGGGAAGAUGUACGGGACUUCACAAAGGUGCUGAAGAAUAAAUUCCGGUCAAAGAAGUAUUUUGCAAAGCAUCCCCGACUUGGCUACUUGCCUGUGCAGACAGUAUUGGAGGGUGACAACCUGGAGACUCCUAUCACUCUCAUCAGUAUGUGGCCAGAGCAAUAUGAUCCUUCUCAGUCUCCACAGCUGUUUCAUGACGACACACACUCCAGGAUAGAACAGUAUGCUACUAGGCUUGCACAGAUGGAAAGGACCAAUGGCUCCUUCCUCAUGGACAGCAGCUCCACCACAGGAAGCGUAGAGGAUGAGCAUGCCCUUAUCCAGCAGUAUUGUCAGACGCUGGGAGGAGAGUCACCUGUGAGUCAGCCACAGAGUCCUGCUCAGAUACUCAAGUCGGUGGAGAAGGAAGAGCGGGGAGAGUUGGAGCGUAUCAUUGCUGACCUUGAGGAAGAGCAAAGGAGUCUGCAGAUAGAAUAUGAGCAACUAAAGGAGCAACAUCUUCGGAGAGGAAUAAACCCUCUUGCAUCACCUCCUGACUCUGUUGUGUCACCUCAGCAUGCUUCUGAAGAUGCCGAGCUCAUUGCUGAAGCUAAACUCCUGAGGCAGCAUAAAGGUCGCCUGGAAGCAAGGAUGCAAAUACUGGAAGAUCACAAUAAACAAUUGGAGUCUCAGCUCCACAGGCUACGGCAGCUACUCGAGCAGCCCGAGUCAGACUCCCGGGUCAAUGGCGCCUCCCCCUGCGCUUCGCCCCAGCACUCUGCCCUGGGCUUCCCACUGGAGCAGGACACAAGCUCACAGUUCCAUCAGACAGAUGACUUGUUAGUUCCACCUCAUGAUACCAACACAGAUCUAACAGAUGUUAUGGAGCAAAUCAACAACACAUUUCCAGCUUGCUGCUCAAGUUUUGCUGGCAGACCACAGGCCAUGUGAGGUGUUCCUUGGGAUGUCAGCCAGUGCUUCUGGCGUGCAGUACAGCCCUGUUCUGCAUCUGUUGGCCGCGCGUUCCGCCUCAUCACAAACCCACACGGGACCCCGGGACACGCCUUGCGCUCCGACCGCGUGUUCCGCUUGAAACAGUACAACACUGAAUACCCAAAGAAGAGGAUGUUGUUUUUAUAGUAUCUUUUUUUUUUCCUUCUUCCCUUUCUAUGCAACUGUAAAUUAAUGAGCAGUGGAAUAUUUGUCACUGAUUUGUAUAAAUAUACAGCCAGGGGAAAAAGGGCAGGGGCUUUAUAUACGUUCCUUUUGAUAAUCGUAAAGAGAACUGCAUAAGGAGUUUGGAGCAAAACGUUAUGUUUAUACAUUCCUUUCAGCUCUUUGCUUUUGCAUUGUAAAGUACCCUUAGUUAUAUUCUCACACAUGUAAUAUUCUGUACUGAUAAUUUGUAUGCUAACCCUAUGACCACACAGAUUUCAGAAUAUCCUUGCAUUGUUUUCAGCAUUGGCAUAUGAAGUUCCCAUAAUCUGCAUUAUUGUUACUGGUUAACAACAAUUGUCAUUAGGAGCAAGAUACAAUAUUUUAACUCAAUUAAACAAGGUAAACUCUCAUUUCAAGUCAUAAUUAGCAUCCUCAUGUACCUAAGUGGUAUUUUUAACUUCCUUUUUGUUAUUUCCAGACAACACUCCAUUUGGAGGAUUAUUUUUUAAGCUUUAUUUUACUUUGAAUCGGGAGAUAGCUAAAAAGAGGACUUAGAUGAUAGCUUAAGUUGGUUUUAGUAAGAACUAAGUUAGUGAGAUCCCUUUCUUUUGUCUGCCUCUUGGAAAUGAAGAGACAAUUAAAAAGCCCUUUCCAAUACUAUUACCAACAGAACUUUCUCCAGAACUGCAGUGCACGUAGGUAUUAUCAUUUGGCAUUGUAAUCUUGCAGAUCAUCCUUAUCUUUAAGAUAAUUUAUUUUAUUACUUUUGAUAAGGAUAAUUAUGGGAAAGUAUGUCACUGAUCAUCUGAUCUCUAGUUUUAAAAUUAUCAUAAGAGCUUUUAAUGCCUUCACAGAGUUUACAAUGCUGCAUGGACACUUGCUUUAAUUCUAGGACAUACCUUUAAUUGGUAAAACUGCAUGCAAUACCUUUCCUAUAUAGUAAAGAGAAACAAAGCUGUGUUGUUCUUAAUUAUUACUGAAGGAAAAAAAACCUUAUCUUAAAAUGGUAUUGAAAGAGGUGUAAAAUUUUCUACUGCUACUUAAAAAAUGCUAGGGGACAUUAAAAGAGCAGGUCAGGAAUUUCUCAUGGCUUUGUGAAAUUUUACCAGCCAGACUGUCCUGCACCCACAGUAUUUACUCCUGAACUGCUGCUGCUCAAGGAGUGAUUCAGGCACAGUGCUGACCACCUUCUGCUGUUGGCACCAGUGCCAGUUCUUUCUGAACCCUUUGGCAAGUUAUUUAACCACUCUGCCUCUGUUUUCCCAUCUGUAAAAUGGGGAUGAUAGUGCUUACCUCUCAAAGGUGACAUAGACUUGGCAUUCCUACAGAGCUUUUCAGAUGCUAACUAAGUAUUAGUCUUGAGCAAAUGGAGCAGAGCUAUCAAGGUGGGAAGAAAAGAUGCUGGCUCCUAUUAAAAUGUAAUGUAGUUAUUCUGAGAAGAAAAAACCCCACAUUUUACAGAAGAGGAAAACCACGACCACCUUUCUACCUCAGACCUAUCUUCAUAAGUAGUAUUGGAAAUAGCUUUACUUUCUGUUCUCUGCAAAGUACUUGGCUUUUAUCAAGCUACGUCAUUCUCUAGGCAAAGAAUCUUUAAAAAUACUCCCAACAUAAGUAUAAAAAGAAAUCAGUAGUGAAUUUGGUGGGUUUUAUUUUUGUUCUGAAUAUGAGGUUAUGUAUAAAGUUGUUUUUCUGCCUGUGUUUGUAUGCCUCCUUUGUCCUCUGCUGCCAAGUAAAUGCUGCUUCAAACACUACAUUGUAACAUUCUUUCUCUGAGACAAUAAUAAAUAAAAGGAAUAUAUUGCAGUAACAUGAGAAAAAA